AUGAACCCCGACGGCCGCCCUAGUGAGGAUGGAAGACCAAAAGUCGCUGAGCGUGCACGAAGAAUUGUCAACCGCACUCAACGCUUUGUGCACGAUUCUGGAGAGAAUGUUGCCAGAGGUGCUCGAACUGUUGGCGACAAUGUUCGUAGGGUGGGUGGACGUGCGGCUGAGCGCAUGGUCGACAACUUGCAUGUGGUCCUCCCUAGACUUGUCCGUCACCCGGUAGGAUUCUAUCUCAAGAUGGCUUACGGCGAGUUUACCAUACUUGAAUUAAGGGAUGGGCACCCAGACCGAGACAUCACAGCUGCACCAGAUUCGCACAAAAUUGUGACUUCUUUCCUGCGAAGCCUGGGGCUCUCCUAUCGCUAUAUACCAGAUGUCCAGGGAGAACCCUGGUUUCUAGAUGUAGCGGUGAACAUAAAUCGUCUCGUAGACGAAGCAGGACAAAUGCCCUAUCCAGGCGGUGCCAGGUUUCAACCCACUUUAGACCUUUGGUUGAGUAGGAUCCCAUUUCUAGUCAAUAUAGUCCAGCGGGAAGCGGGAAGACAUAUCAUAGAUGAACUGGGCUUUCAGGAUGCAGAGCCACUUCUAACAAUGGUCCUUCCGGAGGCCAAUCAAACGAUCCAGGCAGAUAUCACCGUGGAGCACAGGCGAUAUCGACUCCAGUGCCAGGUUGACUAUGUGCUGUGGUACGGGUACAAGGCCAACACCGACAUGCUCUUAAUAAUCAUCACGCCAAAUUUCAUAAAUGAAGCCCGAUUCGCGGCGCCACUCGCAGCUAUGGCGUUGGUUUAUCAUAUUCGGAAAACCGCUGGUCUGAAUAGGGAAAUCUACGGCCUCUAUACAGAUGCCCGGGACUUCUAUUUUUACCAUAUCGAUCAUGAGGGACGGUACUCCACGCAACCCUAUGUUGGGGGAGAUAGACGUCUUUUUUAUGCCUGCCGGAUGCUGGUGAAAAUAUUCGGUCAAGCAUAUGCAAAGGCUAGAGCCAUUAAAGCAGCAGCUCUUCCAGGGAUCUGGCGGUUGACAGAGCUCCAGGAUGAAAGAACUCCGGAGACUGUCUACGACCCCCUACACCAGAUCAUAGUCGAGAUGCGUAUGACCCACCCACCCGUCGUCACUGAGUAG